AUGAGACACCGUGUGGGGAACGCACAGGAGACACCACGUGAUGAAGAGAACUUACAGGAGACACCAUGUGAUGAGGGGAACGCACAGGAGACACCACGUGAUGAAGGGAACUUACAGGAGACACCACGUGAUGAAGGGAACUUACAGGAGACACUACGUGAUGAGGGGAACGUACAGGAGACACCACGUGAUGAAGGGAACUUACAGGAGACACCACGUGAUGAAGGGAACUUACAGGAGACACUACGUGACGAGGGGAACGUACAGGAGACACCACGUGAUGAAGGGAACUUACAGGAGACACCACGUGAUGAAGGGAACUUACAGGAGACACUACGUGAUGAGGGGAACGUACAGGAGACACCACGUGAUGAAGGGAACUUACAGGAGACACCACGUGAUGAAGGGAACUUACAGGAGACACUACGUGACGAGGGGAACGUACAGGAGACACCACGUGAUGAAGGGAACUUACAGGAGACACCACGUGAUGAAGGGAACUUACAGGAGACACUACGUGAUGAGGGGAACGGGAACGCACAGGAGACACCACGUGAUGAAGAGAACUUACAGGAGACACCAUGUGAUGAGGGGAACGCACAGGAGACACCACGUGAUGAAGGGAACUUACAGGAGACACCACGUGAUGAAGGGAACUUACAGGAGACACUACGUGAUGAGGGGAACGUACAGGAGACACCACGUGAUGAAGGGAACUUACAGGAGACACCACGUGAUGAAGGGAACUUACAGGAGACACUACGUGACGAGGGGAACGUACAGGAGACACCACGUGAUGAAGGGAACUUACAGGAGACACCACGUGAUGAAGGGAACUUACAGGAGACACUACGUGAUGAGGGGAACGUACAGGAGACACCACGUGAUGAAGGGAACUUACAGGAGACACCACGUGAUGAAGGGAACUUACAGGAGACACUACGUGACGAGGGGAACGUACAGGAGACACCACGUGAUGAAGGGAACUUACAGGAGACACCACGUGAUGAAGGGAACUUACAGGAGACACUACGUGAUGAAGGGAACUUACAGGAGACACUACGUGAUGAGGGGAACGAGACACCACGUGAUGAAGAGAACUUACAGGAGACACCAUGUGAUGAGGGGAACGCACAGGAGACACCACGUGAUGAAGGGAACUUACAGGAGACACCACGUGAUGAAGGGAACUUACAGGAGACACUACGUGAUGAGGGGAACGUACAGGAGACACCACGUGAUGAAGGGAACUUACAGGAGACACCACGUGAUGAAGGGAACUUACAGGAGACACUACGUGACGAGGGGAACGUACAGGAGACACUACGUGAUGAGGGGAACGUACAGGAGACACUACGUGAUGAGGGGAACGUACAGGAGACACUACGUGAUGAAGGGAACUUACAGGAGACACCACAUGGUUAG